CCCAUGUAAUCUAGUUCUCAGCUCUGAUGCUUCUCACAUUAUGAAGAAACUGAGGCACAGAGGGCUAAACAGCUGGUAAAUGCUCAGCUCUGAAUGGAAUUUGGAAAGUAGAGAAGAAAAUCUAGUCUGCUUUUGGGGGAUAUUGGACAGCCGAAUAAAUGCAGGGCAGCUCAUGGACCAAGCACAUGAAUUUAGUGAAGAGAGCUGUGACUAUUGUCCACCUUAUAUGACUUUUCUAGUUUUGACGACUUCCUUGGGUCAUUCUGCAAGCACUAUCUAAAUAUAAAAGAGGACUGCAAUGCCAUGGCUUUCUGUGCUAAAAUGCGGAGCUCCAAGAAGACCGAGGUGAAUCUGGAAGCCCCUGAGCCAGGGGUGGAAGUGCUCUUCUAUCUGUCGGAUAGGGAGCCCCUCCGGCUGGGCAGUGGAGAGUACACUGCAGAGGAGCUAUGCAUCCGGGCGGCACAGGAAUGCUGUAUCUCUCCUCUGUGUCACAACCUUUUUGCCUUGUAUGAUGAGAACACCAAGCUCUGGUAUGCCCCAAAUCGCACCAUCACUGUCGACGAUAAGACUUCGCUUCGGCUCCACUAUCGGAUGAGGUUCUAUUUUACCAACUGGCAUGGGACCAAUGAUAAUGAGCAGUCAGUAUGGCGACAUUCUCCAAAGAAGCAGAAAAAUGGCUAUGAGAAAAAAAAAGUUCCAGAUGCAACUCCUCUCCUUGACGCCAGCUCCCUGGAGUAUCUGUUUGCUCAGGGACAGUAUGACUUGGUCAAAUGCCUGGCUCCAAUCCGAGACCCCAAGACUGAGCAGGAUGGGCAUGACAUAGAGAACGAGUGUCUGGGGAUGGCUGUCCUGGCCAUCUCCCAUUAUGCCAUGAUAAAGAAGAUGCAGUUGCCAGAACUCCCCAAGGACAUCAGCUACAAGCGAUAUAUUCCAGAAACAUUGAAUAAGUCCAUCAGACAGAGGAACCUUCUCACCAGGAUGAGGAUAAAUAAUGUCUUCAAGGAUUUCCUAAAGGAAUUUAACAACAAGACCAUUUGUGACAGCAGUGUGUCCACACAUGACCUGAAGGUGAAAUACCUGGCUACCUUGGAAACUUUGACAAAACAUUAUGGUGCUGAAAUAUUUGAGACUUCCAUGUUACUGAUUUCAUCAGAAAAUGAGCUGAAUUGGUUUCAUCCAAAUGACAGUGGAAAUGUUCUCUACUAUGAAGUGAUGGUGACUGGAAAUCUUGGAAUCCAAUGGAGGCAGAAACCAAAUGUUGUUCCUGUCGAAAAGGAAAAAAAUAAACUGAAACGGAAAAAACUGGAAAAUAAACAGAAGAAAGAUGAGGAGAAAAACAAAAUCCGGGAAGAGUGGAGCAAUUUUUCUUACUUCCCUGAAAUCACUCAUAUUGUAAUAAAGGAAUCUGUGGUCAGCAUUAAUAAGCAAGACAACAAAAAAAUGGAACUGAAGCUCUCUUCGCACGAGGAGGCCUUGUCUUUUGUGUCCCUGGUAGAUGGCUACUUUCGGCUCACAGCAGACGCCCAUCAUUACCUUUGCACCGAUGUGGCUCCCCCACUGAUCGUCCACAACAUACAGAAUGGCUGUCAUGGUCCAAUCUGCACAGAAUAUGCCAUCAAUAAAUUGCGGCAAGAAGGAAGCGAGGAGGGGAUGUACGUGCUGCGGUGGAGCUGCACUGACUUCGACAACAUCCUCAUGACCGUCACCUGCUUUGAAAAGGCUGAGGUGCUGGGUGGCCAGAAACAGUUCAAGAACUUUCAGAUCGAGGUGCAGAAGGGUCGCUACAGUCUGCACGGUUCGGACCGCAGCUUCCCCAGCCUGGGAGACCUCAUGAGCCACCUCAAGAAGCAGAUCCUUCGCACAGACAACAUCAGCUUUGUGUUGAAGCGCUGCUGCCAGCCCAAGCCCCGAGAAAUCUCCAAUCUGCUGGUGGCUACUAAGAAAGCCCAGGAGUGGCAGCCCGUCUACCCCAUGAGCCAGCUGAGUUUCGAUCGGAUCCUCAAGAAAGACAUUAUGCAAGGCGAACACCUUGGGAGAGGCACGCGGACACACAUCUACUCUGGGACCCUGGUGGAUUACAAGGAUGACGAAGGAAUAUCUGAAGAGAAGAGAAUAAAAGUGAUCCUCAAAGUCUUAGAUCCCAGCCACAGAGACAUUUCUCUGGCCUUCUUUGAGGCAGCCAGCAUGAUGAGACAGGUCUCCCAUAAACACAUCGUGUACCUCUAUGGCGUCUGUGUCCGAGACGUGGAGAAUAUCAUGGUGGAAGAGUUUGUGGAGGGAGGGCCCCUGGAUCUCUUCAUGCACCGGAAAAGUGAUGUCCUCACCACACCAUGGAAGCUCAAAGUUGCUAAACAGUUGGCCAGUGCCUUGAGUUACUUGGAGGAUAAAGACCUGGUCCACGGAAACGUGUGCACGAAAAACCUCCUCCUGGCUCGUGAGGGCAUCGACAGUGAGUGUGGCCCAUUCAUCAAGCUCAGUGACCCCGGCAUCCCCAUCACUGUGCUGUCCAGGCAAGAGUGCAUAGAACGAAUCCCGUGGAUUGCUCCUGAGUGUGUCGAAGACUCCAAGAACCUGAGCGUGGCCGCUGACAAGUGGAGCUUUGGAACCACACUCUGGGAAAUCUGUUACAACGGCGAGAUCCCCCUGAAAGACAAGACGCUGAUCGAGAAAGAGAGAUUCUACGAAAGCCGGUGCAGGCCAGUGACACCAUCUUGUAAGGAGCUGGCUGACCUUAUGACUCGCUGCAUGAACUAUGACCCCAACCAGAGACCCUUUUUCCGAGCCAUCAUGAGAGACAUCAAUAAGCUGGAAGAGCAGAAUCCAGACAUUGUUUCAGAAAAAAAGCCAGCAACUGAAGUGGACCCCACACAUUUUGAAAAGCGGUUCUUGAAGAGGAUCCGUGACUUGGGAGAGGGCCACUUUGGGAAAGUUGAGCUCUGCAGGUAUGACCCUGAAGGGGACAAUACAGGAGAGCAGGUGGCUGUCAAAUCCCUGAAGCCUGAGAGCGGAGGUAACCACAUAGCUGAUCUGAAGAAGGAAAUUGAAAUCUUAAGGAACCUCUAUCACGAGAACAUUGUGAAGUACAAAGGCAUCUGCACAGAAGAUGGAGGAAAUGGUAUUAAGCUCAUCAUGGAAUUUCUGCCUUCAGGAAGCCUGAAGGAAUAUCUUCCAAAGAAUAAGAACAAAAUUAACCUCAACCAGCAGUUAAAAUAUGCCGUUCAGAUUUGUAAGGGGAUGGACUAUUUGGGUUCACGACAAUACGUCCACCGAGACUUAGCAGCAAGAAAUGUCCUUGUUGAGAGUGAACACCAAGUGAAAAUCGGAGACUUUGGGUUAACCAAAGCAAUCGAAACCGAUAAGGAGUACUACACAGUCAAGGAUGAUCGGGACAGCCCUGUGUUUUGGUACGCUCCAGAAUGUUUAAUUCAGUGUAAAUUUUAUAUCGCCUCUGACGUCUGGUCUUUCGGAGUGACUCUGCACGAGCUGCUUACUUACUGUGAUUCAGAUUCCAGUCCCAUGGCGUUGUUCCUGAAAAUGAUAGGCCCCACUCAUGGCCAGAUGACAGUAACAAGACUUGUGAAUACAUUAAAAGAAGGAAAACGUUUGCCUUGUCCACCUAACUGUCCAGAUGAGAUUUAUCAACUUAUGAGAAAAUGCUGGGAAUUCCACCCAUCUAAUCGGACAACCUUUCAGAACCUUAUCGAAGGAUUUGAAGCACUUUUAAAAUUAGCAGCAUGAAGACCAUUUAAAUCCCACUGUGUAUCAAGUUCUCCUUCCCCCAAUGAAUACCCAGGCCAUUUGAAAUCAUUUUUAAUGGGAAAAGUUUGUAUUCUGUCUAAAAAGAUACUUGGGUACGUAUCCAUGUGUAAGACACUGUAGUGCUUAAUAUGUGUAAGUACUUCUUCCUCUUUAAAUUUGGCACCAGUAACAUAGUGACAAAUAAUCACAACCAAAAAUAUUGGCACUCCUCCUUUUGGAAAGAAUAUACCACCAUUUCAUCUGGCUACUUUACUCUCACAGCUGUAUAGCAGAAUGGCAUUUUUCAAAAGAUGAGCUGAUCAUAGUAAAGUCACAAGAUGAUUGCUUUCUCUCA